AUGUCGCGGCAACUUCCCCCGGGCGUCAAGACCUUUGGUCCCGACGCCACCUGCAACCUCGACAACUGUCCCAUAGAAUGGAGCAUCUACGGCUUCCGGCCGUCGCUGGCCGCUAACACAUUCUUCUUGGUUCUCUUUUCCCUAAUCGGAAUCAUCCACACGUACCUGGGCAUCCGAUGGAAAAGCUGGGGUUUCAUGACGGGCAUGAUCCUGGGCUGCCUGAGCGAGGUAGUUGGGUAUAUUGGCCGCAUCAUGCUCUGGAACAACCCUUUCUCGUUUGUUGGCUUCAUGGUGCAAAUCGUGUGCCUGACCAUCGCGCCCGUCUUCUACACGGCGUCUAUCUACGUGACGCUGUCCAAGACGAUUGUGUACUUUGCGCCCGACCUAUCGCGGUUCAAGCCGCAGCUAUUCUAUUGGAUCUUCAUCCCCUUUGACGUGGUAUGCCUAAUGCUGCAGGCGGCGGGCGGGGCCAUGUCGACCAACUCGGAUGGCGACAACCGGACGGGCGUGAACGUGUCCAUGGCGGGUCUGGCGCUGCAGGUCGUCGUGCUGACGGCCUUUGUGGCGUGCUUUGCCGACUACAUGAUCCGUUAUUGGCGCUCGGGCCGGUCGUCGGGCUUUGGAUGGCGCCUCCGGGCCUUCUUCGUGGGCUUGUCGGGGUCGGUGCUGCUCAUCCUGGCCCGUUGCGCCUACCGUGUAGCCGAGCUCCGGGACGGCUACGACGGCGAGCUCAUCAAGGAAGAGGUGCCCUUCAUUGUGCUCGAGGGUGUGCUGAUUGCGCUGGCGGCGCUGGCGCUAUGCCUCGGCCACCCUGGCCUCGUCUUCGACCAGGACACGCCGCGCAAGUCGUCGCACGACAGCGAAGAAAGCGGGGCGGAGACUGCGGAGCGCAAGUAG